UUCGAUAAUCGGACUACAGUAAGAUUCAUUUAAUGAAAUCUACGUGCUUCGUGCGUCGAUGCAAAGUGUUGUUCUUGCAUCCUGGCUACCAUCAAGGUCCAUUGAGGAGGCGGAAUGGCAACGACGACGACGACCGAUGAUGUACAGCCAACACCGGCAGGAUAUUAUCGUCAUUUAAAUCAACACAAAUUCACCAUAGAGCUAGAAUUACUCUCUUCACUCGCAUCUCCUGCCUAUCUGACCAAUCUCUAUACGCAAGGUAUACUGAACGAUGCUACAUUUAUUCGUUAUCUUGCACAUUUGAUCAAAACUUGGAGUGCACCACAAUACGUUCGUUUCAUUCGAUUUCCUAUGGCUCUCACUUUUGGUCGUGCAUUAUGUCAAAGUUCUGCCUUUAGACAGAUUGUUGGAACAGAUGGUUGGGAACAUCAGGUUACACAUGAAAUGAUUGCAGCUUGGGCAGGUAAAUUUGAUCAAGAACAGGAAGUGGUGGGAGACGCUUCAGAGAAUGACAAAGGGAUGAUCGAUGUACAAAUAACAGCUCCUCAAGAUACGGAUGACAUGCAAGUGGAAAUACCACCUAUCAAACAGGAAGGCUGAAGAAAAUUAUAUUUUAAGAAGAUGUACAUUUUUGUGUUCAUGACCGAUUCAUGUUCGGCGUCGUAUGUAGGAUAUAAUCCUCAUUCAACUUGUAGCUAUACUUCAUCUCUAUAAAUUGUACCAUUAGGAUUCGAUAUCAUAUUGUGCUAACCCGCAGGCCGCUCAAGAGAUUAAACGCAAAAGAACAAUGGAACGCAAGAUUGAUCACUGUUUUUUUGUGCAUGAAACCAGAUAAUGUACAAAUUAGUAUUUUUUUGCUUGUAAGAGAGUACAUAAAACGAACCAGAUCAUCGACGUCACUAUGAGCGAAUUCCCUUUUG